AUGGAGCUACCAAGAAUCUCCCUCCGACCGUUCAAUCUCUCCAACGCCGAAGACGUCCUUAAAUGGGCCGGUGACGACGCCGUCACACGUUACCUCCGUUGGGCCUCCAUUAAAACUCUAGAAGAAGCCCAACAACACAUCUUAACCAAAGCCAUACCACACCCAUGGCGCCAUUCAAUCUCCCUCCUCGACGACGGUCGUUCGAUCGGUUAUGUCUCGGUCAAGCCCGAUUCCGGCGAUUCUCGGUGUCGGGCCCACCUCGGUUACGCCGUGGCCAGAGAGUUUUGGGGCCGGGGGAUAGCCACGAAGGCGGUGAGGAUGGCGGUGAACCAAGCUUUUAAGGAGUUUCCGGAGGUGGUAAGGCUACAAGCGGUGGUGGAAGUGGAGAACAAAGCGUCUCAAAGAGUUUUGGAGAAAGUUGGGUUUGAAAAACAGGGUUUGCUUAAGAAGUAUGGUUUUUGCAAAGGAGUGAUUAGAGACAUGUUUCUUUAUGCUUUUGUUAAGGAUGAUUGUUUAUCUAAUUACAAUUAA